UGCCCCAUCAUUGGUGUCAGUGGGAGGAGUAGUGCCCCAUCAUUGGUGUCAGUGGGAAGAAUCGUGCCCCAUCAUUGGUGUCAGUGGGAAGAAACGUGCCCCAUCAUUGGUGUCAGUGGGAGAAAUAGUGCCCCAUCAUUGGUGUCAGUGGGAAGAAUCGUGCCCCAUCAUUGGUGUCAGUGGGAGGAAUCGUGCCCCAUCAUUGGUGUCAGUGGGAGGAAUAGUGCCCCAUCAUUAGUGUCAGUAGGAGGAAUAGUGCCCCAUCAUUGGUGUCAGUGGGAAGAAACGUGCCCCAUCAUUGGUGUCAGUGGGAGGAAUAGUGCCCCAUCAUUGGUGUCAGUGGGAGGAAUAGUGCCCCAUCAUUGGUGUCAGUGGGAGGAAUAGUGCCCCAUCUUUGGUGUCAGUGGGAGGAAUAGUACGUCAUUGAUGUCAGUGGGGGGGAAUAG